AUGCCUCCAUCCGUGCAGACGACAAAACUAAUCUCCUCCCUCCGCCUCGUAAUCCCGCGCCUACGCCUCCUCCAGAAAAAAGACACCGCCUCCUCGAAAGUCCAGCGCCGCGAACUCGCCCAACUACUCGAAGAAGGCCGCGAUGCCUCCGCGCGCAUCCGCGUCGAGAAUGUCAUCUCCACAGAUACAGCCGUCGAGGUGAUGGAGAUGGUGGAGCUGUAUUGUGAACUGUUGCUGGCGAGGGCGAAUGUGUUGGAUCAGGUUGCGUUUGGGGAGAAGGGGGUUAGGGCGAGGAGUCGGGCCAGGGAGGAGAAGGCUAGGAGUGAGGUGGGGAAGAGGCAGGGUGUUGGGACUGGGGCUGGGGCUGCGCCAAAGGAUAUUAAGGGUGGUGAUAGUGGUUCGAGUUCGAGGUCUCUAUUUGGAUUCCCGUUCUUUGGUGGUGGGCAGCAGAAACAGAAAUCCGAAGAUGCGCAGUCCAGCCUAGAAUCCACCAAAGACGAAGACCUCAGCCCGGAGGAACUAUGUUACAUCGAUCCCGCCCUCGACGAAGCCGCUGCAGUCGUCUUCUACGCCUGGCCUCGCUUCCCGCAUGAUGUCCGCGAACUCACCAUCGUUCGGACCAUGCUCGCAGACCGCUACGGAAAGGACUUUAUGUCGCUAGCGCAGGAGAACAAAGUAGAGCAUGUGAAAGUACCGGAACGAGUCGCGAAGAGUUUACGGGUGCGGCCACCGACACAGGAUCUGGUCGAGAGCUAUCUGAAGGAGAUUGCAAAGGCAUAUGGUAUUUCAUGGGGCGAAGAGCAGCAACAGGAAGAUCUGGGGAGUGCACCCGAGUUCGUGGAUGACCGCCCGUCGACACCACACGACCAACAACAAGACGGAGGAAACGGAGACAACCCCGAAGAAAGAACAAGACGCGCCUCUGAGGCCAAUGAAUUGAGCAAAGCUACCCCGCCACGACGGCCCGUCCAGUCCGGGAAAAGUCCCGUCAGCGUUGCGCCUCCAGGUCCUAGGACUGAUAACCUUCAUCCCCGUGUCAAAGUGCCAGACCCUUCAUCCUCGGGGGAUUCUAACAAUACGGCGAAUAAGAGUACACCAGACACUAGUAGCGCGGAGAAAGAUCCCAAUCGUAUACCUGAGGUGGAUGAGUUGAGUCGUCGGUUUGCGGACUUGAGGCGAAAACCUUAA